CCCCCUCGGUACCGGUGUCCAGCGUCCGGCCCGGCCCGUGUCCCCCGGUGCCGGCGCAUGGAGCUGAGCUGUGCCAUGGCGGGCAGCGCCGCCGCCCCGCCGGGCCCCGGGCCCCCCGCCGCCGCCGGGGCCGGGCUGAGGGACGGCGAGGAGUACGAGAGCCUGCCCAGCAGCGUCGCGCUCGGCACGCACAUGGUGGCCGGGGCCGUGGCGGGGAUCAUGGAGCACACGAUCAUGUACCCCGUGGACUCGGUCAAGACACGGAUGCAGAGCCUGCAGCCAGACCCCAAAGCCCAGUACAGGGGCGUGUACGAAGCUCUCAAGAAGAUGGUGCUGACCGAGGGGUUCUGGAGGCCUUUGCGUGGGAUUGAUGUCACCAUGCUGGGGGCUGGCCCUGCCCACGCCUUGUACUUUGCCUGCUACGAGAAAAUGAAAAAGUCUCUCAGUGAUAUUUUCCAGCCAGGAGGAAACAGCCACUUGGCCAAUGGCAUCGCUGGGAGCGUGGCCACGCUGCUCCACGACGCCGUGAUGAAUCCUGCUGAAGUGGUGAAGCAGAGGCUGCAGAUGUUCAACUCUCCGUACACGUCGGUGCUGGGCUGCGUGCGGACGGUGCAGAGGACUGAGGGCUUUGGAGCCUUCUACCGCAGCUACACCACGCAGCUGACCAUGAACGUGCCCUUCCAGGCCAUCCACUUCAUCACCUACGAGCUGAUGCAGGAGCACCUGAACCCCCACCGCCAGUACCACCCCCAGUCCCACAUCGUGGCCGGCGCCGUGGCCGGAGCCGUGGCCGCCGCCGCCACCACGCCCCUGGACGUGUGCAAGACGCUGCUGAACACGCAGGAGAACACGGCCCUGAGCUCCGUCAAGAUCAGGGGGCACCUGUCGGGCAUGGCCAACGCCUUCAGCACCGUGUACCAGCUGGGAGGGCUGCCCGGCUUCUUCAAAGGCGUCCAGGCUCGUGUCAUUUACCAGAUGCCCUCCACGGCCAUCUCCUGGUCCGUGUAUGAGUUCUUCAAGUACUUCCUCACCAAGCACGCGCUGGAGAAGAAAUCAUCCUCGUGAAACAGGAGCGGGAGUCCCCUGGGCCUCCUCCCAGGCAGCCCAGCUGCAGUUCUGCUGCAUUCACAUCUCCACAUCUCCCUGCCCGAGAUUCCUGUGGUGCUCGGUCACUGAGUGCCCCAGGGGGUCCAGGGAUCCCUGUCACUGAGUGUCCCCAGGGAUCCCUGUCACUGAGUGUCCCUAGGGAUUCCUGGUCACUGAGUGUGUCCCUGUCACUGAGUGUCCCCAGGGAUCCCUGUCACUGAGUGUCCCCAGGGGUUCCUGGUCACUGAGUGUCCCCCUGUCACUGAGUGUCCCAGAGAUUCCUGGUCACUGAGUGUCCCCAGGGAUCCCUGUCACUGAGUAUGUCCUUGUCACUGAGUGCCCCCAGGGAUUCCCGUGGUGCUCCCCCAGGAUUCCCAGUCACUGGGUGUCCCUGGGGAUUCCUGGUCCCUCAGUGUCCCCAGGGAUUCCUGUGGUGCUCCUCAGGGAUUCCUGGUCACUUAAUGUCCCCAGGGAUUCCCAUGGUGCUCCCCCAGAAUUCCCAGUCACUCAGUGUUCCCAGGGAUUCCUGGUCACUCGGUGUCCCCCUGUCACCAAGUGUCCUCAGGGAUUCCUGGUCACUCAUUGUCCCCUGUGAUUCCUGGUCACUGAGUGCCCCUUUCCCUUCCUUAAACAACAACAAAAAAAGAGUUUAUACAGACUUUGAUAUUAAUAUAUAUCUAUUUAAUAACUUUA